CUUCCUAUUACUAUGCUCUGGCACUGUCGCUCCCAGAGGAACAUAGAGAACUGGUGGGAAACAGCAGCAUAGGUCUGGGUAGACGUUGUCGCCAUUUUAAAUGUGGCAAAGGUUCACUUACUUCAUUUCUUAUUCCUUACACAACAUCACCCUCCUAUAAAAUGCUAUUACACCGUAAUUCGCACACGCGCAUUAUUGUAACGACUUCCUAUGUGUGUGUGAUAGAGAGAGCAAGUGACAGCAUUAAUAGCGGAAGUUUCUCGCGUCCUCUCCAAUCUCGUUCUAACCAAACACUUCUCUCCAGCAAGCAUCCCAUCCAGUGAUCAAAGAGGAGAGAGAACUCAAAGGGUAAGAUGCUGAGUGCGUCCACCCCGACCCAGACGCCCCCCAGCAGAGAGGACAGUUCUGGUUCUGACAGGGGGUCAGAGGUCAGUGUUGGAGCUCCAGCCACAGAGACAGACCGCUUCGGCUUCAUCCUGGGGAAUGGAUCCACUGCUGGGAGUGAAGGCCCGUCCCCUGAGCUCGUUAGACAGAGAGAGGCCAAGUGGAUCAACAUCAUAAGCCAAUGGGAUCGUGUCUUACUAAAAAAUUCCAGCAAGGUCAAAGAGCAGUGUCAGAAAGGCAUCCCAGCAUCCCUCAGGGCUAAAUGUUGGCCACUGCUGUGUGGCGCCACAGACAGAAUGCGCCACAACAAGGACCUCUAUCAGACUCUGGACUCCAGACCCGCACUACAGAGCUGGGUGGACGUUAUAGAGAGAGACUUAGACCGCCAGUUCCCCUUCCAUGAGAUGUUCCUCUCCAGAGACGGCCAUGGACAGCGUGGUCUGUUCCGGGUGCUGAAGGCCUUCACUCAGCUGAAGCCUGAGGAGGGCUACUGCCAGGCCCAGGGACCUGUAGCAGCUGUACUGCUGAUGAACAUGCCUACUGAGCAGGCAUUCUGGUGUCUGGUGCAGAUCAGUGAACAGUACCUCCCUGGCUACUACAGUCCCCUUCUGGAGGGGGUUCUCUUUGACGCAGCCGUGCUGACCAGGGUGCUGAAGAGGACGUGUCCCGCGGCUCACAAGCACCUGCAGAGACACGGCGUGGAGCCUCUGAUGUUCGCCACCGAUUGGUUGAUGUGCCUGUUCACACGCCACCUACCCUUUAACACCCUGCUCAGGGUCUGGGACCUGUUCUUCUGCUACGGAGUGCGUGUGUUGUUCCAGGUGGCGGUGGUGUUGGUGCGCAGGGCUCUGGGCCGGGUGGAGCAGAGGGAGGCGUGCGAGGGCCAGAUGGAGACUCUGGAGAGGCUGAGGGGUGUGAGGGAGCAGGUGCAGCAGGAGGACGAUAACUUCAUUGCAGAGGUGUGUUCUGUUCCCCUGUCGAGUAAGGAUCUGGAGAGGCAGACGGAGAGAGAGCUGGAGAAGUGGAGAAUGGAACGGCCCGCCUCCACCUUUGAUCCCCGGGGUCGUUGCCACGGAUAUCGGAUGGCGUGGGCGAGGGUUCGAGAGAGGGAGGAGGAGAGGAACAGGAAGGAGAGGGAGAAAGGGAACCUGUCUCUCCCUCUGAUUCGCUCGCCCUCCCUCCUCUCUCUCUCUCCCUCGCUCCUCCGCAAGAAGUGGAUAAGAGGGAGUAGGACAGACAUUGGGGAGUGGGAGGGAGAAGGCAGAGAGGUGAGGAAGGUUUCAGAGGAGGUGUGGGAGGAGAGAAGCGAGGGAGGGAAUCUGAGGAGAAGAAGUGAGAUGGAUGGUAGUCCAGUGAGGGCUCCGGGUGUUCCAUGUCCAGCUACAGAGGACAGGGCCCCAGUGGAAACGAGAGAACCGUUAGAACAGGAGGACAGAAGACAGAAAAUCCAGCUGACCCCAGAUUCAGUCAGAGAACCUUCCCAGCAGCGUCAGCUCACCUCGGACCACAGCGUCACCUCACAGGGCCAGGGAGAGGAGCAGGGGGGUCUCAGCCAGACACCGGUCUCUGAGCAGCACAGCGACAGCCAGACACAGGAAACUGACCACAGUAAAGACACCAUGCAAACACAGGAAGUACUGAACAAACAGUCAACAGCGAGUGCAAAUUUCAUCACAGUGCAUAUAAUGACAGAGACGAAGGGUGAGGCAGAGAAAAGCAAGGAGACAGAGACAUGUGCAGGAGCAAUGACAGAGGAGGAAACUGCUCCACACACAGACCUGAAGACAUACACAGAGGAGGAAACUGCUCCACACACAGACCUGAAGACAUACACAGAGGAGGAAACUGCUCCAGACACAGACCUGAAGACAUACACAGAGGAGGAAACUGCUCCAGACACAGACCUGAAGACAUACACAGAGGAGGAAACUGCUCCAGACACAGACCUGAAGACAUACACAGAGGAGGAAACUGCUCCAGACACAGACCUGAAGACAUCCACACAGAGGAGGAAACUGCUCCAGACACAGACCUGAAGACAUACACAGAGGAGGAAACUGCUCCAGACACAGACCUGAAGACAUACACAGAGGAGGAAACUGCUCCAGACACAGACCUGAAGGCAUACACAGAGGAGGAAACUGCUCCAGACACAGACCUGAAGACAUACAUUGAAG